CACGUAACGGACGGAACGUUUGAAUAUCGCGUGCCGUCGUCUCAGUUGUACGGAUGUAGUGCCACUGCAUACAAUAGGGCCCUUGGAAGAUACUACAAAACGCAUGACUGUGUGUGUAUACAAGGAUAAAUCGUUGCGAUUGUGUAUAAGUAACAAAAUAUUGCGAAUGUACCAGAUAAACCAUUUAAUGAAUACUUCCGCGAGUGAUUGCCCAAAGGAUUUCCAUUACUUUCUGACUCGCAUAAUGUAGAUAUGCCAACGCCAAUCGAAACUUUACUCGCAAAAAGUGUUUCAAUAUUUCCGCGAUCCUGUAUUUUUGCCACAACUUUUGAGCAGCCAAUUUCGUAGUUUUGUGCGAAGCCUUUAAACGAUGACCACUGAAACCUAUUCGGACUUGACAUAUGAGCGAGGGAAGGUGUCUAAGCGGUCAUUGCGGCCAAAGCUACUGAAACUGACGGAUGUGACGAUACCGCACCGCAGUCGGAAAAAGAACAAAGUUAAGACAAAAGACCGCUCAGCUACAUCAGUUCGCGAAAGGAUCUACGAUGAUCCUGCCUACACCGAGGAUAUAAGUCACUUGGCGAAUCCCAUGCGUCGCAGUAGCAUUUCUGGAAAACCCUUAUUAGAGCACAAGGCGAGAGGCGAUUCAGGCGGACAGCCGUCGUCCAGCAGCCUGGUUUCAAAGAACCAGCUGACCAAGGAGCUGCAUCAGUACGCGUCGGGAAAGCAGGGCAAGAUCAAGGCACAGCACACUACCGCUGCAGCUUCCGGGACCUCUGCCAUCAGCUUAAAUUACGAAUGUGACUCGAGCAGCACCGACAAUGAGCCGCUGGAUCCAAUCAAAGGCGGCAUGACUCGCCGGGUGCGCAGCCUAGAGCGCAGUCUGGCCGCCACGGCAUCAGAUAGAGUGGAGAAGAAGGGCACGCAGAAGCGCAGCUCGAAGCAGAAGCGGAACCUCAGCCUGGACAACAGUCGCCAUCUGCCCCCAGGUCAUCCGCAUCCGCAAAGGGAAGCGGGAGCUGCGGGUAAGCACGGCCACGAUGCUGAUAUCCGAGGUCGCAAGGAACGCAAUCGGAAGAAAUAUAGCGAGGGCGCCCAAGAAGUUGCCCCCACGGAAGUAAGUGAGCUGGAUGACGGGUACUCCGCCCGCAGCUCAGCUCAGGACUCCGCCGUCACAGUACCUGCAGAUUCGGCCUCCGAGGCGGCAAAGGUUGCUAUUGGCAAACGGUUUCUGCGCGGCGAAAUCGGAAUUAAAAGCUUUAAUUACUAUCUGCUCAAGGAGGGCUUGAAGAGCUCAAAAAAACUGGUGGACAAACAGCGAAACACGACUGGUGGUGGAGAGUCGCCGCUCAAGGCCGAGAAACGGCAUUCCCGCAGCGAAGAGAACAUCUACGAGGAGAUUUUCUUCAAGGAAACAGCCAGCACGGUGAACUCGUUGGCCACAGGCGCAGCUACCGGGGUUGCAAUGUCCGUCGCCUCGGCAAUAACAGACAAAGAGUCGCACAGCCAUCACCCACAGCAAGGUGGGGUUAAGCCGCACGGAAUGAGCUCAACCAGUGACGGAAACGGAAGUGCCACUGACGCCUUUGCGGACUGCGAGAUCUGUAUGGAGCAGUGCAGCAAAGACAACUGCGAGUACUGCUUGGCGCACCUCGGACCAGGUGAAAAGCCGAAGGCGGCACAGUCACAGCAAGAACAGUACAUAAGCCAAGGUCACCAGAAGAAGAUCGCUAUGGAAUCGCGGACAGCGUCUAAUGGUGGGCCCGGCGUCAGCUUGCCGGCCGCCCAUAUAUUGGAGUUCCAGUCGUACAACCCCAAUAAUCCCGGCGUGUAUAAAAUUGAGACGACCCCGGUGGCUAUAACAGGCGACUAUAACCCGAUACUCCAGUUCCAGCAGUCGUCAGCCACUACGUCCACCUCGGCUACUACCACACCAAGUGAGCACCAACAGCUGCAGCAACCGAUUUACGGUGGCUACUACCUCCCGCAUCCGCAUCCGCACCAGCGGCCGUAUCAGCCGCCCAUUGUUGGCAAUCCUCUGCCAAGUCACUAUGCCGUGGGAGGCAGUCUGCUGGCCGUCCAGGUUGCCGGAGCGGCGCACGGGAACGCCACACCUCCUCGACGACCCCAGCACUACAUCGUGGGCUACCAGAAUGGAGGAGGGUCGGUGGCAGGAGCGAAUUCUUUACAGCGGCUAAACACGAAGUCCUCUUCCUCCAGCGACUCGCUGCCCUAUCACAAGUACAAUACCAUGGCACGACUGGAGGCAAACGUGUUCGCAGAGCCGGCUACUGGAGACCUUUACUACGCCGUCAGUGGGACGCAGCCCUUGCAUCCGCUGAUGUAUGCGGCCAACCGACCCAUUGGGGGAUCCCAGAUACUAGUGGAUCCCUACGACCCCCAGAUAUACAAGAGCGACUCGAAGGCCUCUAUUCUCAGCGAGUUCUCCCUUCGCAGCAGCGAUAACUCGCAGCGCUACGCUCGACAUCCCCAUCGCCGUCAUGGCGGGCGCGUCAGUGAUUCUAGUCUCUUCUCGGUGUACUCGAACUCCGGCCAGAGGCGGUACUUUGGGAGCUCGGAGAGCAGGUUUGGAUUCGAUUGCAGGCGCUGCAGCCUAGAUGGGGUUAUCGGAAUGGGAUCUGCGGCUGGAGUGCCCCCUACGGCGCCCGACAAGUGCAGCUACUCCGACAACUGCCGGUAUGAGUGUCGAAACUGCGAUUGUUCGUCAAACUACUUUAGCUCAGACUUUGACGAUGUGUACGGGUCCAUAGCUCGAGGUGGAAGCAGCGGCAUUCCGCGAAAGACCGCAGCAGGAACACUGCCCUCAAGUGCGCAAGAUGAGCCCACAGAGCCUCGCCUGGAAACAGCACCACCACCAAUGGAGCAUCAGCAAUACGCACCUCCGCUAGAUUUGAAACAGAAUAAAUACGCCCAGGACUUUUUCAAACAUGUUAACGACGUCAAACGUAGUAUUUACCAGUCGGAAAUGCAAAGAAACAACAGCUUGGAAUCUACGAGGAGGGGUCCACGACCUAGCAGCAGCAUAAACAGCAAUUCCAAGACGAGUCCUAAACGGGCCGCUUCCCAGGAACCCAGACAAGAGCCCGUAGUCACCACCCUUCCAUUGAGCAGGGGGCGGCCGGCAGCAGGAGUGAAGCCCACGCCGGCACCCAGAACCAGUCUGCAGGCGCAGACACCAUUACCAGAGAGUUCCGUACCAAGAGAUCCCACGCCGAGCAAGCGCAAAAGUCAACCAACUGGCCGAAGAGAGUAUCCUUCGUUGGACCGACUUGUAGCGUCUUCUACGGGCACUAUUCCCAAAAGAAACAACAGGUCCACGGUGGAGACGGCCCCACAAAGCCCUAAGCUGACGCAAAAGGCUAGAUGCUCAGAGGCCCCUCGUGCUGAGCAAAAUGUCAAGGAGGAAGAACAGUUCCCUCAACCUGUGACCAAACGCCACCAUCGUACCAGCGGAUCAAAGGCACAUCAGAACAUACCCGGUCCCAGUCUACGUCGGAAAGACAUUCCGGCCCCUCCUCCGCCUUCUCCAGCUACUUACUCCGACCUACAGGAGCUGAAGGCCAAUAUGGAGGGUCUUCGAGACGAUACUAAAUCGCGAAGCCUGGAAGGCGAAACAAACCAUUUAACGACAGCAGAAAAGUCGAAUCAAACUGGAAAGAAGGGGUUAAGUGGUCAACCUGAUAAAAUUCCGGAGCCCCCAACUUGUCCGCCAGAUGCAAGUGCAGCUGAGACAGAUGACAACGACGUAUUUUAUGAUGCGCGCAGCGAGGAUUCUGGAGGUGGUAUCCUGCCCUCGGAGGCCAGUGAUAUUUCAAAAAAGAGUCCGUCCCACAUGACAUCCACGCGGGCACUGGGGGACAUGAUUGCUAACGAGAAUCGCAAGGCCGCAAUUGACACCGAAGUAGCGCAUUCGACCGAGGAUGUUGAUUCCCCGGCCCCAGCCGCACCAGCCGCCCCUCCGCCAGAGAAGCUGGAGGCAUCCACCAUCGCGGGCAGACCGGAAGGGAAUGCCAUCAAUAAUGGCAGCGAAAAAGCUGAGGCCCCCAUUUGGGGGGUCGAGAGCCCGGCAGAAGCGGAGAGCCAACUGGACUCGGUCACACUCGGUCACUCCCCUGCCCCUCCCCGUCCCCGCCCUCGCCAACUGUCGCCCGAGUCCUCCGCCGUGGACACUGUGGAGGCAAACGGCGAAAGGCCAAGCAAAACAAAACACGACAAGAAGGCUCCAGCAGACGCCGUUGCCCCCAGGCAACAUGUUGGUCCGACAUGUUCGGAGGGGCAACGCACCGGCGCAGUGGCUCGCGAAGUCUCAACAACCACCAACGCUGGCAACUCGAGCGCCAGCAACAGCGUAGUCGAGCUGGAGCUCAGUUGCAAGACGGGCAACACGGACAGCGCAACGCCAGCGGUAGCGCACAGUAAUCAGACACCCAAUGUACCUGCUUGUGCGACAGCCAAGGAGAAUCCAACGCACUCAAGAGCACUGACACGCCAGGACUACGCCUGCCUCGAUUCCAGCGAGGCUCAAUCGGACGAUAGUCACCUGACACGCGAUUCCAUUACCCGAGAGUCCCAGAACGACGAGCUCUCCUCCUCGACCCUUGAGAAACUAGACGUUAGCACUCUACCGCUGCCCGCUCUUCCCAAGCGUCGCCGCACUCGCUCCCGCACUAGUCCCUUGAAGCAUCGACAGCAGCAACAGCAGCAGCGUCAUGAAGCCAUCGAGGAUGGCAGCGCGGUUGAUGAAUCGACCGGAGCAGCAGCCCAACAACCUCUUAAGCCCCGACAGCGAGCGGUCACUCCAGAGUCACAAAAGCCAGAAAUAAGCGCGCCAAAAAGCAACGCAGCCGCCCAGCAGCAGAAGCGACAACAUCCACACCCGCAAGAGCAGCAGACACACCUCUCCGCCUUCCAGCAGUACGUCGCCAAGCGACGCGAGAGUCUCGAGGCAUCCAACCGUUGCUUCAACGAGAAGCUGGAGGCGCGCAGAAUGCACUUCCACAUAGGUGGCAGCGGCGCCAAUGGAAACGCUGCCGCCACCCAUUUGACGGCUGGCUCCAACGGAGUGCCCACGUAUCUUUUCGGCGAACAUUUCCACGGUGUGUCCGGACCUGGCCGAAAGUCCGUAUCGCCCGCCACCAACAAGGAGGAAAUAUUUUUGAACAAGUCCGGCUGGGUGCAGGUCAACACAAAACGUGGGAGCAGCAACGAUGACGCCACUGGGGGCUACCGCCGCCUCGGCUAUGGCCAACAGAACGGUGGAUCCGUCUUCCCGGACAAUGGUCGCGGUCGAACUGCGGAUAGGCCGAUUCCUCCGGACCAUGGACGUCGCUCAGACCUGGCCCGGCAGUCGUUCAUCCAGCAGCACCAGCAGCAGCAGUCCAAUAUAAGCAUGACCGAGCCCAAGUUCAUCGGCUCCAAGGUGGAAGAGCUAAUUCAGAGAAAUGAAGCGCGGCUAAGCGGCUUCUCCUCACGGGACCCUGCCCUCCGUCCGGGCUACCGGAUCAUCGAUCCUCAACUGGCGAACAUCCUUAACGAAAGGCCAGGCUUCUUGCCGGUAAGGAGCCCCAACGAUCUGGACUCUCCCAUCACUCCGAUUCUCUCGCCGCCACCCGCUUUCCAGGACAACAGCCGAAGUGCUCGGCACCUGGAGCGCCGCAAGCCAGUCCGCCAGCAGGGUCCUCUGCCGUUGCCUGUGCCGUUCCAGCCGCAGGCCCAGUUGGGCACUCAGCAUCACACUAGCGCACCCGCCAAGGGCAUGGUGUUCUCUCGCAGUUUCGAGUACGACAACCGCCGUCCCACGCCCACCGACAACUAUGUAGAGACCUUUUCCCGAAGCUUUGACGGAAACUUGUCAGAACGUCCGCUGAACCUGGCCGUUUUGGUGGGCCAGCGGGAAAGGUCGCCCAACUUCAGCACCCUGACCGGCAACUCUCCCAACUAUUUGACGAAACGGGAAAGCGGCGGUGGAAGCAGCGGGUCCCUUCGCAGCCGUGACAACUCACCCAAAUUUCUGCAUCCGCAGACGACAACGGCCUACUUGAAUGCUGCUGUCAAGGAGGCGCCUCCCGUCUACAGUGUGGGCACCGGCAGCCAAGCCAAGUACUCACCGCGCUCCCGUCACGAACGGACUGCUGAGCGGUCCAAGAGCCAUGCCCUCGGACGUUCCCGCAAGUCCCAGUUCAGCCGCGUGGGCAGCGCAGGACCCCUGGCGACACAGCCCAACACUCAAAACAUGGGAGUGUCGCGUUUUAGAAGCUUUGAUACGUCCAAGAGUCAGCGCCUCAAUUCCUGCGACAGUGGUGCGAGAUCAGAUCUUUCAAAUGAUGAGCUGGACAACGAAGAUGGCGGCCUGAGCGAGUUUCUCUCUGCCGGCAGCCACAAGUUCCCCAAAGUCGGACCGACCAGCGUCAGCAUCUCACCAUUCAAGGUACAGCGUCAACGCUCCCUUACACCAGAUCGGAACGAUUCCCACAGCUCGUCCAGCAGUCUGCGGAAGCAGAGAUCGCUGACCCCCGAGUCCAGGUCCCUGACUCCUGAGGAGCGACGCAAGAAGGGGUCCCAGCUUUCCCUAAGCGGCUCUCGUCAGAAUUCCAAUUCCAGGAGCAACACUUUGGAGGCUCGCCAGCGUCACGAGGAUAAAACGCCUCCCAACAUAUCGCGAAGCUCCUCAAGCUCUAGCUACAGUGGCGGCGAAUCCCAUGAGCCAAAGGCCCCCAAUGCAGCCAACUCGACCGUAACAGCAUCGGUUGCCGUUCCCGGAAGUGGCUCCACUAGCCAUCGACGUGCAAUGGCCGUUAAGCAGGCGGAGCAGGAACACCGGAUCCGACGUUCGAGAUCGUUGCAACUAACCGAACGCUCUCCGAAUCGGACCCACAAAUCGAUCGUUAAUGUUGGUGCUGUGACCGCCCAGCAGCAGGCGGCCGGAGCUACCUACCAGCAGGCCCGCUUGACAAGUGGAGCCGUCUUCCCUCCCACUAUCCGAGCCUCUCCAGCAGGAGCCAAGAUCCAUGUCAAUCCGUCUGCGCCACCCACCAACUCGGUGAGAGGUCGACAAACCGAGGCGGACAAGGCGCGCUCCUUCGACUUUGACUACAACAACUACAAUCGCAGCGGAGGGGCGAAGGUAUCCACACGGACCGCUCACACAAGUGGCAGCGGAGGAGACAGCGGAAGCAAUCAGAAUCUGCGCGUGGAGCGGGAGUCCCGCUCCUUCGACGAAGACUUUCGCGAAGCUGUGCUUAACAACAACAACGGCAGCAACGGAAGCGUAAGCGGUUUGCGUUUCCUUCAGCCUGCCACCGAUUCAGGACACGCGUCCAUGGCCUCCACAUCUUCGUCCCGUCUACGCAAGUCCAAUUCCCCCGUUAACUCAUCUGGAAUGGAAGCGUCACGAUCGCCACAGUCAUCGGGAUCCUCGUCUAACAAUCUCCACCAGCCGACAAGACAAUCGGGUAGCCCUCAGAGCUACGGGACGCGUCUGUGCGACCACGAGCUAACCUACGAAAUGCUGCGAAAGUCGCCGAUCAUGAACUUUCGCCGCGGAGAAAGCGGUGACUACGAACUGCCAGUAAUGUUGCGGAAUCGGGAGACCAUCAACUCGGGGGGCAACAGCGAGCUCAACUUUAUGAGCAACGAGACGCGAAUCUACGAGCACCCGACCACUGUCCUGAAGCCGCAGCGCUCCCUCCGCCAAAGCCCGGGGUCACGGGACGACCUUAACCUUGAGGUUGCUGUCGGAGUGGGUGGCGACUACAUUUACCGGCAGCCGGCCACCCAGCCGCGUAGCAGCAGUAGAAACCCAGAGUACCCAACAACGGCAACCACCAAAAGCUGCAGCAAGACUCUGGAUACCUGCGACUAUUGGCCGCGCUGUGCUGGCUGUCAGGAGAAGAGUGCUCCUGAAGAAAUCAAGAAGAGCCAGUCCGUGUCCAGCGUAUCUAUUAUUGAGCAGGAGCGUUUGCAGCCCCAGCCCCACGUCACCUCAGUGACCGUUAACGAAGACACCGCAGUCCUCGGCCCAAAGCAGCCAGGGGUAGAAAAAUCCAAUCCGUCGUGGACCUUUUUGUGUAGCGGUAUUGCCAGCAUUUGCCAGCCCAUCGAGCAGUUGGACGGCGAGGAGAAUGCGUCCCCAGUGGCGGCAGAGGAGGAUAUUGUGCUCAGGAAGGGCGCGGACGACAAGUGCCGCCGGAUGGGACGCAGUCGGUCUCUGUCAAGUCUGAUGCUUCGGCGACCUCAACUUGCCGGAAUGCCAAAAACUGGAAACUCUGGAAUAAGAUCAAACAGUAGCUUCGCUGUGGGUCUGUCCCAGCAAAUGAAGGCUGUCUCCAGUCCCACGCUGUCAGAACCGCUCUCAGAGCCGCCGCCACAGAAGCCAGUUGAAAGCACAGAUGUGGCGGUCUCGGGCAACAGCGGCGGAAGCGGAGGCGUAGGCCUGGGCGUCUUGCAGAUAUUUAAGCGCACCCUGAACAACUUCAACAGCAAGAAUCAAAUGCACAUCUCUCCGCUGUCGCCGGCGGCAGCAGGCAGCAAUCCGCCAAAGACCAAGACGUCGCCAACAACACCGACUGUAUCCAUUACAGCUCCGUCGACGACGAUGCCAGCUAGCGAACCUGUAGCAGAAGGUGGAGACGCCAGCUCCGGAAAAUACCGAUUCGGGCCCCUCAUCUGGCGCACAUCCAAAGAGCGUCGUAAGACGAAGUACAACCGGAAAGACAAGUGCAAUUCCGGCGACUCGGGCAUUCAGAUCGAGCUUGAGCAGGAUGAACACUCCCGUGCCCUGGCUGUCGGCGUCCAGAAAGAAGGGGCCGCUCCUGUUUCUACCAAGGGCUCGACGGGUUUCGUGGACUCUAAGAAGCGAACAAUACGUCGAACCAAUUCGGCCAAGACAAGCAGCAUCCUCGGACCCUUUAUUGUGCGAACCAAAAACGCCAGGCAUCUCAAUAUGGGAGAGUCCGAUAAAGUGGAACGCGAAGCUCCGGAAUCCCUGCCCACGCGAUCUCUUAGCCAACCCAAUGGUCUAGAGUCAUAUGGCAUGGGACGCCCAGAUCUUGAGGAUAGCGACAGUGACAGCGUAGCGUCAAACGAGGAAGCUGUCAACUACUACCCGACCAUCUAUGCGGAAGUGCUUUACAACUUCACGGCCGGCGGUCCCCAAGAACUGGGGCUGGAACGGGGAAUGCUCAUUGAAAUAUUGCGCAAGGAAGUUGGACCCUGGUGGUUCGGCCGCAUUAAGAAGGAGGAAACAAAUCUCGUGGAAGACAUAUUGGACCCCGAGCUGGGCUGGUUCCCCAAGGAAUUCGUGCGCAUUAUUCACUGUCCUGAGACGGAUAUUUUCUUUAACGAGCAUAGGGCUGCCGUGGCUGAGGCUGAGGAUGCAACAGCUCCUGCAGAGGAGGGCUCUAUUCCUCUUCCUGUGGCUGCGUACGCCGAGGACGCAGACGUUACUGUGACCACGGACCAAAGCAACGUCACCCUUAUUGUCAUUGAGUCGCCACCAACCCCGCUAACCCUUCCUAGUUCCGAUCCAAUUGCCCAGCUGGACCACAACACUAUCCUGCGCCGAAGUGCCGUUCGCGAACUGCUCGAUACGGAGGUCAAUUACGUCAAACUGCUGGCAUCCAUUUGUGAUGGGUAUCUGCCAGCCAUGAGCAAGCGCAUCGAUAUAUUCUCGCCGAACAGUAUUCGCCUGAUAUUUUCCAACAUAAUGGCCAUUUACAAGUUCCAGCGAAAGUUUCUAGAGGCCUUGCGACGCGGAAUCGAACAAAAUCAGAUUGCUAAGGUUUUUCUCAACAUGCACAAAGGUUUUCUAUGCUACUCCACCUACUGCAACGCCUAUCCUCGAGCCCUAAUCGAACUCGAGACUUACGACCGUGUAAAAGACGCCCGCACUAUUUUGGAGAACUGCCGCGAAUCGGAGAACCUAGCCGAGCUUCCGCUCUCCGCCCACCUUCUGGCACCAGUGCAACGCAUCUGCCGCUAUCCCCUGCACCUCAACGAGAUUAUUAAGUCGGCCCUGGAAAAAGCGGAUGAGGUAGAUGGUGGCGCCAAGCCAGCGGCCGCUAAGUAUGAACAGCUCGACGUCUUUGAAGUGGACAUACCUGACUCCCAGCACACUGUCAAUUUGGCGCUGGAGGCGAUGCGCGGCAUCACAGAGGCGGUCAAUGAGGGAAAACGUCACAGCGAAACAAUUGCGAGGCACCAGGCCAGCUUCCAGAACUUUAAGGGACCCCCGCUGCACUUGCACAGUGCUCGCUUCUUCCUGCAAGUAGAUGCUACACGCCAAAAGCAGAAUCUUUGGAACAGCAGCUACACUCUGUUCCUAUUUGAUAAUCAGCUGGUCUACUGCAAACGUGAUAUAAUCAAGCGCAGUCACUUCAUCUACAAGGGUCGCAUUUUCCUGGACCGGUGUCGCGUGGUAAACGUGAGGGACGGAAAGAUGUUUGGACACACCAUCAAGAACUCACUACGCAUCUAUAGUGAGUCGCGAGACAAAUGGUACGAUUUCAGCUUCCGGUCGGCCAACCGGAAGCACCGCUUCCUUAGCACCCUCGCCCUAGAGCGUCAGUUUGGUGGUAAGGCCCUAUAUGUUUCGGAGAUGACUGGUUUCGAGUACAAUUACGAGGAGCGGCCGGGCGAUUGCUCAGACCAAUCUGACUACGAGGCACAAGACUUUGAAAUACCAGCGGGAGCUAACAGCGGUGAGAGCUCGGUUCCGGACUCACCGGCGAAAUCUUCCUCCCGUUUGUGCGAGACGUUGCCCAAAAAAUCUCAGUCCAGGGACGGCAUAUCCAGCGCAGACAACUCUCAACUGUCCACCACAUCAACAGGCUCGCUGGGAAGACGUCAUUUCAGC